GCACAUAACCUCCCCCACCCCAUCCUUCAGCACGCGCACGUCGUGCGUCGACGAUCCCGCCAGCACCUCAUUCUCGAAGUCGACAUCCCAGUCAAAGUGCACAUGCUGGCUCGCAACCGCCAGAUAGUUUGACUGCGUCGUCGGGUCCACGUCCGCGGUCGCCAGCGUCGUGAUGCCUGCGCUCGCCAUGCUCUUCGCUUGCUUGGUCCUGAGGGCGCUUAACGGGAAGGAUGUGGUAGUCGGAAGCAAGGCGCGGCCGUGCCGGUAUCGGGCGAUCAGGAGGCGCGCAAAUGCUCCAUGUGGUGUCGCGCGCCGAGGUCCGAGUCGCGCGACCCACAGCCCGGGACUUGCGGCCGGGUCUUGAGGGAGGCGCCGCGGAAAGACGCGCAGCAUGAGACUGGGACGGAGGCGCUGGUCGUCGUCGUGGUCAACGGGGGAGCUGCCGUCGCCGUCCGCGUCGGCGGCGGCGUGUCCGAGGGCGUCGAGAUGUCGAUUUGCCCGGUUUCGGGGCGGGCGCUUAUCCCACGUGGGCCCGGAUCAGAAGUGUCUGCGCCGCCAUUCCCGCUGCUCGUCUUGCUCACCACGUUCGAGCAUUCGAAUACGGGGUCUGAAUGCUCAUCGGUCGUUUCAUCUCCUUCUCAGAGGGUUUUGUGCACUGAAAGUGGAGAGGACAUCCCAAUUAACAAGGGGAGCAGGUCUAUCUAACCCCAACGUUAUGGAGCAGUACAAAGUCGAAAGCGGGUCUGCCAAGAUCAUCUGUGGAUGGGAUGACCGCACAGUCAUACAACAUACGCGUAUUGAAGUGCUCCACUUCGGCCAUUUUCGCUGAUUAUCCUGGUCACGGUUAACGGCAAGCCAGCUAGUGAGCAGGCAGCAAUAUACAAGCGGCCCACCCUCGUAUCCAGCCUCGCGUUCCGGCGGCUGUAUGGAGGCUCGAAAAGGAGGAGGCGGCUGCAGCAAGGCAGCAAGCGAACUUCUUCGGCGCCUAUCCCCGGCGGGACGUCGUUCGCCCCCGCCCAUGCACCUUCCGCGCUGAAGCAAUGGAAGGAUCAGUAGACCCAAAUUGGACCGCGCAGACGAGCCGAGAGGCCUCCAGUCUCGGGCAUGGCUGCAAUGACGCCCUCUCUCCUCCUAAUUGGAAGCCGGCAUAGGCGGAGGGUGCGCAGGCGAUCGUAGUCUUACCAAGGACCAGUCGUGACCACU